AGUUGAAUACUAAAACGUGUGCAAUGAUGAAUCGAAACGGAAUGGUUUCAAAAAUCCAAACGCGAAUACGAACGGACUCUUUCAAAAACAACUACGAUUUGGUUGGCAAAGAAUUGGGAAGGGGGAAAUUUGCCGUUGUGAAGAAGUGUGUCGAAAAGGCAACGGGCAACGAGCACGCAGCUAAAUUCUUACGGAAGCGGCGAAAGGGCGAGGACUGCCGAAUGGACAUCAUCAAUGAGAUCGCCAUCCUGGAAAUGGCAAAGUCCAACCCUUAUGUGGUGGCCCUGCACGAAGUCUACGAGACCACUUCUGAGAUCAUACUGGUCCUGGAAUACGCCGCUGGUGGCGAGAUCUUCAAUCAGUGUGUGGCAGACAACGAUGAGGCCUUCACAGAGAAAGACGUGAUCCGAUUGGUCAGGCAGAUUCUGCAUGGCGUGGCCUUCUUGCACCGCAGUAACGUGGUCCACCUCGAUCUCAAGCCUCAGAACAUCCUUCUGACCAGCGUCCGACCCCUGGGGGACAUCAGGAUUGUGGACUUUGGUCUGUCCAGGAGGAUGGACAAUGUGAGAGAGGUCCGAGAGAUCUUGGGCACUCCUGAAUAUGUAGCUCCAGAAAUCUUAAACUACGAGCCAAUUCGUAUAGCAACGGACAUGUGGAGUAUCGGUGUGCUGACGUAUGUCAUGUUGACUGGAGAAUCUCCCUUCCUGGGCGACGACAAGCAGCAAACCUUUCUCAACAUCUCCCAGGUGAACGUCAACUACUCCCAGGACGUGUUCGAGGGCGUGUCCGACCUGGCCGUGGACUUCAUCAAAUCUCUGCUCAUCAAGAACCCCAGAAAGAGGGCUACAGCUGAAGACUGCCUGAAACACCCUUGGCUGUGCCCACACCCCACUAUCCUGGAGGCCCUUUUGGAAACGGAGGUCAGGCGGUCCGAGUCGGAGCCCGAGAGCCCUGAUUCAGCCGAGGAGCUGGUCCUGCAGGCCUCCUACACCAUCUGCACCACCCAAAGUGACCUGCAGGUCUUCCGCAAGACCUUCAAAUUCGAAGAGUCUUUACCGGAGAUCCAGCAAGAACUGGUCUGCUGAUUUACUUUUUUUUUGCAGUCAUAAAAGACAAAAUGUAAAUAAGAGUGAGCGUUGAGCUUCUCUGGACAAGCAGCCUUUCGAGAAGGUCAGGUGAGGUUGGACUCGAGUUCCGUGGUGCGAUUGUGGGACACUGUCUUGUGUUGAAGUUCUAAGAGUUCUGAUGGUGUUCCAGCACUUGGAUUUGGGUUGGAAAGCAGCUGUUUUUG